AUGACAGGAACAUUAUUUUAUGGGGAGCGUAGUCUGGUUUUGUUUCUUCUCGUGAUAUUUGGAAUAUUGGAUACUGGCCAGUCCGUGAAAAUCAACAGGCUACAAGUUCCCGAAGUAGCCCAAUUAGGAGAUCCUCUAGUUCUAGAUUGCGAUUACACGGUGGAAGAGUCCUUGGUGGACGGACUGGUGGUCAAGUGGUUUUUUAACGAGAAGCCGACGCCAAUCUACCAGUGGAUUCCGAACAAGAGGCCGCAAGAACUCGGUAUCAUGAAAGGAAGACUGAAUCUAGACUAUUCAGCUAGUGAAGAUAGAAACAGCGUUCACAGGGCCCUCCAUAUCAUACAACCUGGGCCAGAUUUAUCAGGAAACUAUACUUGCAUGGUUUCCACUUUUCGAGGGGAAGAUGUGAAGACCAAAAGAAUGGUCGUAUUAGUUCCGGAGAAAACUCUAGAACUUCGACAAGAAUAUAUCGGAGACAAAGUGUUCCAGGUUAUGUGUUAUGCAGAAGGAGUAUUCCCAAGACCAAGUAUGACCUUGCAUAUCGGCCAGAGUGAAGUGAAUAACACCAAGGUCCAGGUUUGCGAGAAGAAUGGACUUUACGACAUUAAAGCUGUAGCAGAAGUCCCUUCACUCGACGCCCCUGAAGAGUUUUCCUGUGAGCUUCUCAUUCCUCAAGCGAACUACACCGUCAGGAAAGAAGCCAUAUAUUAUCCAGUUUAUGAUGAUGGAGCAAUCGUCAGCCCAAUAUCUGUAUUAGGAAACAUGCUGGUUCUAGUUCUCCAACGUGUGUUAUGAAUUGGUUGAUGGUCGACCAAAAUCGAUGGAUGUCUCCCCAGAAAGGCCAAUACGUAAUGAUGUC